CCUCCUACUAUGAUCCAGGCCUUCCUCCAGCGCCUGGCCCGCUGGCUCGACCGGCCGUUCUUUCCGUGGAAGAAGCUCGUCUUCGGCUUCUCCCUCGCAGAGUUCGCGCUCGAGAACUGGCUCCUCUUCCGCCAAUACCGCGUUCUCCAACGCAAGAAUGUCCCGGAAGCUCUGGAGAAGGAAAUUGACAAGUCCACCUUCGACAAGUCCCAGGCAUACGGUCGCGCAAAGGCCAAGUUCAGCUUCGUCUCCGGUCUCUUCAACCAGGCCAAAUCCCUCGCCGUUCUCUACUUCAAUGCCUACCCGAUCGUGUGGGGCGUCGCCGGCUCCAUUCUCGCCCGCUAUGCUCCGGCUCGGUUCUCUGGCGAAAUCUCGCAAUCGCUCCUUUUCGUAUACCUCUUCGGCUUGAUCGACAUGGUGCUUGGCCUUCCGUUCGCAUACUAUCACAACUUUGUGCUCGAGGAAAAGUUCGGAUUCAACAAGAUGACUAUAAAGCUCUGGAUCACGGACAUGCUCAAGGGCCAGGCGCUCGCAAUCGCCUUCGGUAUUCCCAUUGGUAGUGCAUUCUUGGCUAUCAUCAAGAAGACCGGUCAGAGUUUCUUCUACUACCUGUGGAUGUUCAUGCUGGUCGUCCAAAUAUCGGCCAUGACAAUCUAUCCGAUCCUUAUCGUCCCGCUUUUCAACAAGCUCGAACCGCUCAAGCCCGGAAAGCUCAAGGAAGACGUCGAGGCUCUCGCGUCCAAGCUCAAGUUCCCCCUCAGCGAACUACAGGUCAUCGACGGAAGCAAGCGCAGCAACCACAGCAAUGCCUACUUCACUGGGCUGCCGUGGAUCGGUAAGAAGAAGAUCGUCAUCUACGACACGCUACUGGAGAAGAGCUCGGAAAAGGAGGUGGAAGCUGUCCUGGCCCAUGAGCUCGGCCACUGGAAGAUGAACCAUACGUCCAGGCUCCUGUUUAUUAGCCAGGGUCAUCUGUUCUACAUCUUCGCCCUUUUUUCCGUCUUCAUCAACAACCAGUCGCUCUAUGCCGACUUUGGCUUCCACAGAGAGCAACCUGUGAUGAUUGGCUUCCUCCUGUUCAACGAGAUCCUCUCGCCCACAGACGCGAUAUUAAAGCUGUUGAUGAACAUCUGGACUCGAAGCAUGGAGUAUGAAGCAGAUGCCUUCGCCGUGAAUCUUGGCUAUGCGACUGAACUAGGAGCUUCCCUGAUCAAGCUACAGAUUCAGAACCUGUCCAGCAUGGAUGCUGACUGGUUUUACUCUAGCUUUCACCACUCCCAUCCUAUUCUGACAGAGCGUCUGAAGGCUAUGGGCUGGGCAGGCGACAAGAAGGUUACCCAGGACAAGACGGCGGACGAAGAAAAGCCAGUGAAGGCAGCUGACAGGGAGCUCUAAGUGCAGGGUAUGGUGACAUAGUGUACAUGGGGCCCGUUGAGACACGUCUCAUAUAUUAAAACUAUCCCCUGGGGACAGGCAGAGGGAAGACGGAGUCAAGGCAGUCGCAUAGAUUUGCAACUACUGCAGCGGACAUGUGGUGGCUUCUCGAGCUUGACGAGAAAGCUCGCCAGCUUCCUCGGUCUGUACCACGGGAAGAAAAAGAUAGCAUUAGUACAUCUACAGAAACUACCAGAGUGUGGUAGCACCCAAGGACAAUGAAGCAGUUCCGCGCUCAC